GUCCCAUGUAUGAUUAGAUAAUAGUCAAUUAAUCCUUCUUUCAGUCUGUCUCUCCUCACCGUUUCUUUAAUCUGUGAUUCCCCAGGGAAGGGAAGGGAAGAAAGAGAGGGAGGGAGAGAGAUUUGGCGCUGGUGGAGCUGAGGAUUUGGUAGGUUGGGAGGAAGAUACUGAUGAACUGAGAGGAGGGGCCACCCCCACCACCAUUUUCUAUGUUCAGCUCCAUCUUCUUCUCUUCCAAUCCUCUCUUCCUGACCCCCAUCACCCAGCUUAUUCUUCAAGCUCUGUCCUUCUCACACCUCUGCAAUCCUGGUGUUGGCUGCACCCGAUCUCCUCUCUUCCAUUACCUCUCAUCUCCUCGUCCCUUUUCUUGUUUGUUUCAUAAUUCUUGCGCUCCCAAACCUGUGUUUUGGGCUUCUUUGAUCCGAAAGUUGCUGCGAUGGAGCUCUAGUGGGCUUCGUCGCGUCAGCACCGAGCCAUUCCUCGUUCCGAUACGCCUCAAAUCUUUGUCAAGCCGCUGCCUUUCGAGCAAUUGGGAGUUGUUUGUCUUUCUUUCUUUGAUCUUCAUGUGGAGAACCCAAUCGAGCACCCAUCGGGAAGAUCUCGCGGCUUCACCUCUCUGAUGCUCUUCUUCUUCUUCAUCAUGUCAUCUUUCCCCUUCUUUCUCCUCCUCUCCAAGUCUCUUCCGUUGCAGCCCCUGCCUCCAUGGGCCGGUGAGGUGAGACUGCUCUCUGUCUUGUUCUGGCAGGAGUUAUUGUCCUCUCUGCUGCAUUUGUUCGACAAGUGUAAGCCGAUUAGUGCUCGAAAGUUUGGUGCUUUAUCGUCGGUCACGACGCCUCCAAGGAAGAUAUGUGGCCAAAGGGUGGAGAAUGCGGAGGAGAUGUCGGUCUUGGAUUUGCCAGAGCUGGCCCUGGAAUGCAUUCUGGGGAAGUUGUCACCGGCCGGGCUGUCUAACAUGGCAGCUGUUUGUAGCUCUUUGAGAGAGAGGUGCAGAAGCGAUCACCUCUGGGAGAAGCACAUGAAGGAGAAAUGGGAGAGAAUGAUUGGCGACGCAGCACGCAGAGAUUGGAAGCUCUACUUGGCUUCGAGAGAGGACUCUUCGGCAGGCAUCGCCGGCAGCAACAGCAGCAAGAAGUGGGUGGUCAGUGUGCUCUCUCGUGUGUGGCAUAUUUCCUGGCUGAAAUCUAGGAUUGAUGGUGGUAGCAAGACCAAGAAUCCUCUGCCUGAUGACUCCAUUAUGUCCUGGUACCAGUCACUGGAGAGUGGCAAGUUCUGGUUCCCAGCUCAGGUUUACAACAGGGAGCAUGGGCAUGUGGGGUUUAUGUUAUCGUGCUACGAUGCUGCAGUUAGAUAUGAUUGCCAGACAGACACUUUUCAUGCAAGGUACCCGCCACAUGGACGGCGAACUACAGUCGUGGAGGAGGGAGUGCAGUGGGAUAGGCUAAGGGCCCCCCCUGUUGAGACUCCUGCUCAUGAUCUUCAUAUCUCGGACUGCCUCGAUGAUUUACGUCCUGGCGAUCAUAUUGAGAUUCAAUGGAGGAGGAGCAAGGAGUUUCCAUAUGGCUGGUGGUAUGGAGUAGUUGGUCACUUGGAACCUUGUGAUGGAAAUGAGCAUUUCUGCUGGUGUCAUCUUAGCGACACUGUUGUCUUAGAAUUCAACCAGUACACACCUGGUUCGAGGUGGAGACGAGCAUCAAUCAACCCGAAGGAUCACAGAGAAGGGGGUAAUGAAACAGAUGGAUUUUUUGGAGGAAUAAGAAAACUCAAAAGCAAGGAUGAAAUAUCCAAGUGGAGACAGCUUUGGCCGGCAGAUGCUUUGGAGUAGACUUCAUCAAAGUCCUGGUUCAAGCAUCAUCUGUGCAUACUCCAUCAUGCCCAAAACACGACGGAGGACGUAAAAAUUAUUGCUGCACUAUCCAUCAGUUGUAGAGAUGAUUAGUAGCAAACAUAGCUGAAAAGCUAUGAGAUCGAGCCUGAUGGCAAUCUGCAGCUUGUUCUUGCAGAUUAUGGAUCGUUGUUGGACACAAGGAAUUCAAUGUAAAUUACAUAUUUAGCUUCUCA